CAAAACUUAGCUUGUUUAGUAAAAACGUAGGAUAGAUACUAAAUAUGGAGGCAGCAAGAGACGCGAUUACCUCAGUCCUGUCGAAGUUGGAUGAUCCGGUGGUGAAACAAGGGAUUUCCUCGUACGGAUUGGAUGAAGAGGCGGAGGAGCUGGUGGCGGAGCUGACAUGGAUUAAGUGUUUCAUCGUAGACGGAGAGGAAACCAAACAGGGACGAUCAAGGGUCAGCGUUUGGGCGGCGAUUAUCCAACGGUACGCGCUCAAGGCUCACAAGGUUAUGUCCGCUUUUGAUCACGGCGUUGAUGUUGAAAUCGGAGGAGAGCAGCACAGUUUGUCGGUUCAGAACUUAGCUCAGAAGGUGGAGAUUGAGAACGUGAUUAACAAGCUUGUUAGUCUGAGGGAGAAGCUGCAAAUUUAUGUCACUUUUGGAGUCACACAUGACCAACAAACCUCAAAUCUUCCCAAACUUCCAGAGGCAAAGCGUGGUAUAGAACCCCCAAGAGAAAUAAAAGUGGCAAAAUGGGGAGGUCGUGGGGGAGGAGAGUGGAGUUACCGCCCCAAAGCUCCAAUAAAACUUGUAGUUGUUACGCAUGGACGGAUCAUCGACUCCAUCAGUUUCAUGAGCACAGACGAAGAGUUCUCCAAGAGACUUGGUGGCCGUGGGGGCAGUAAAACCACCGAGGUGAAAAUUAAUAGUCCCAUGGAGUACUUGACAGGCAUUAGUGGGACUUAUGGAGGUUAUGAAAACCAUUUGAUAAUACGAUCGCUGAAAUUCCACACCAAUAUGAGGGAACAUGGACCUAUGGGUACUCAAGAUGGAACCCCUUUCUCUUUUGUGAUGCAAGAAGGUGUGAUAGUUGGAUUCUAUGGGCGGGCUGGCUAUUAUCUUGAUGCUAUUGGUGUGUAUGCAACACCCAAGUAUGAUCUUGACCAUGAAAGUUAAGAUAUAUGUAUGUAUGUAUGUAUUUAUCCUAUCUAUUAUAAGUACUUAUAAUGUGUUAAAUUUCAUUGUAUAAUUCCGAUACUCUUCAAGGGCAUCCAAUAAAACUUGAAAUAUUUGCUUUAAAAAAA